CAACAUCGCCGAGGUGAAGGCAGACGCUCAAAUCAUUUCCCUGGCUGGUACACGCUGCCGUUUCUGGGUCACUCUUCAGCCCUCUGAGAGGCCCCGCGUCCACCAGCACAACAUGGAGAGAAGAGAGAGAGGAGGGAAAGUUCUCCGAUCAUCAGCCAGACACGGAGGCUUUGCCGAGCCUCAGCCCGCACGGUGGUUUUCUCACUGAGCGGUAGGUUUGGGCACCCGCGGCGGCGCUCCUCGACCGCGUCCGCUGCCCCCCGGGCCGGGGGGUGAAGGGUGAGGCUGGCCGGAACGUGCCCCGCCGCCAGCCGGGCGAGGAUGAGGCGUUUCCUGAGCAGAAAGGGUCGCUUCUCCUUGCGCCAGAGCAAGUCUAGCACCCGGAGUACUUCUAAGGAUUUCUUUCUCGGUCUUCCCGUAACCAAUCAGAACUGGCCCGAGGCUUUCGGGUUCCGACUGGGCGGCGCGGGGCCCAGCUACAUCUUGUCCGUGGCGGAAGGCAGCAGCGCCUUCCUGGCGGGUUUGCAGCCCGGGGACCAGGUGGUGGACAUCGAAGGCCAGGACGUGACCAACCUCAGCACCCCGGCACUCGUCGCGCUGGCUCAGACUCUCAAGACGGUGCCGCCCAGCAUCGGCGUGGUGUCGCGGAUUGAACAGAUUGACAUCACUCCCAGUCCGGACGGCCGCUUCGGCUUCACCCUGGUGGGCGACAGCCCUCUGAUGGUGGACGACUGCGUGCCCGACGGCGCGGCCGGUCGCGGGGGCCUCAAAAUCGGGGACUACGUCAUGGAGGUCGACGGCGUCCCGGUGAAGCGGCACGAGGCGGCGGCGGCCAUGAUCAAAGCGGCGCAGUACCGUCCUCUGCGACUCGGCGUGCUCAGGAUGGCGCGGCAGCCCAAGCGGCUGAGCAGCAGCAUGCGGGUUCUCUCGCAGAGCGGAGACAGCGUGAGGGACACUCGAGCCCGGAAGGCCUUGGAGUUCAACAAGAAGGUGGAGGAAGUGCUCGGCGAGGAUCCCGAUGUGAAGGAGCGGCUAUUUGACGUGUUGAAGCGCUACGCCGCUGACCGCGAUGUGGAAAGCCUCGCCGAGGCCCUGCCGGACAUCCUCGUCACGCAAGAGCAUCAGCAGCUGGUUGAAAGCGUCAGGAUCUUCAUCCCCAAGAAGCACCGGGAGCGUUUCGACGAGGCGGUUUCCCAGAGCCUGAUGAGCCGCCUCAAGGGGCGGAGCUUCAGCGACCCCAGCCGUAGCCAAACGCGCCGCGGUCGCAGCGAGGAUCACCCCGAACACCUGGCUGCCUCCACGCGCGCCAGUUCAGUACCACGCACACACGCGGAGGAAGGCUCCGCCCCCCCGUCCCGCGGGAUGCGGAAGACCACGUCGCUGAUAGCUGGCCACUCCGGCGGCUCCGCAACCAGCUGCAGGACGGUGAGAGUGUGCAAGGGCAACAUGAGCUUCGGCUUCACUCUCAGAGGUCACGCCCCCGUGUGGAUCGACUCGGUCAUCCCGGGGAGCGCAGCAGACAAGGCAGGUCUGAAACCAGGAGACCGCAUCCUGUUUCUUAAUGGACUUGAUAUGAGGACCUCCUCCCACGAGAAGGUGGUGUCCAUGCUGCAGGGAAGCGGCGCCAUGCCCACCCUGGUAGUGGAGGACGGCCCCCCCUCUUUGGGCAUGUCCGAGCAGGACCUGGCAGGCGGCGGCGUUCCCGCGGAGCGAGCUCGCUCCCCCGUGCUCAGCUCCCUGCAGUGGGUGGCCGACAUCCUGCCCCCGAGUAUCCGAGUCCAAGGCCGCACCUUCGGACAGCAGCUGGAACACCUGCUGACCAUCCAGGAGAGGUACACCAUCUGCAAAGCCCUGGAGAACUUCUUCCAGCACAGAAACGUGGACACGCUGAUCGUGGAUGUGUUCCCGGUGCUGGAUACUCCCGCCAAACAGGUCAUCUGGCAAUUUGUUUACCAGCUGCUGACGUAUGAAGAGCAAGAACACUGCCAGAACAAAAUCUCACGCUUUCUUGGAUUCAAGGUGCCAGUUCCACCACCGCCGCCUCCCCCCCCUCCUCCAGAGCCCGAGGUCGCCCCUGAGCCGCAUCGCCGUAGCAGCUCCGUGAGGGUGACCGGCACCACGUACAGGAGCAGUGUGAGGGGGCGGAGCUCUGACGACCUGCUCAUUGGCACACACUUGGGCAUGGGCUUCCGUGCAGACUCGCUUUUGGAAGCAGGAAUGAGAUUGGCUCCAGGAGAAAGACAGUCAGGGGACGGCACCUCUCUGCCCGAGACUCCCAACAACCUCACAAAUCUAUCAGCCGUGUACGCCGAACUGGAGAACAUGUACUCGGCCAAGAGAUCCAAGUCCCUGAAGACCCGCCCUCCUCCCGCCCCUGAGACUUUGCUGGAUCUGGACCCGCCCUCUCGCACAGCUUCCCCUACAGCGCGUGCCGACACAGGUAGUCGUAAGGGCCCCCCGCCUGCUCUAACCUGGCCGGAGCCUCUCCCGAGCCCUCCCCCGUCCCACUUCUACUCAUCAGGCCUGACGAGCCAGAACAGCGGGGAGUCCAACCCCUACAUUAGCCUGGACAGUCCGCCGCCGCCGCCGUCGCCGCCCGAGCUCAUCGAUUUCCCGUCGAGCCCCCCGCCGCACCGCAGCGGCAAACGCCGAUACACUUUCUCCAAGCCACCGCGGUCUGAAGACACCGAUCGCUUUCUGGAUGCGCUGAGCGAGCAGCUGGGCCAGCGAGUGGCCAUCGUUGAUGACUUUCUCACUCCGGAAAACGACUACGAAGAGGAUGUUGGGCAGAUGGCAUUCCCCGAUGAUGAAGAGGACGACGACAAUGAUGAAGAGUUAGGGAUGGAGGAGGAAGAAAAUGGAGGUUUCGUGGGUCCAGCGCUGAGCAGCCCAAGUGACAUCCAAAGCAGCAGCGGGGACGAGAAUGCCUCGUCCCUCACCUACUCCUCCUCUUCCGACCACAUCCCUCCGCCCCCCGUGACGCCUCCUCCGCCUCCGCCGGUUCAUUUCAACGACACGCCGGCGCCUCCGCCCGCACGCGCACCGUCUCAACCGCAACCCCAUCAGCAGCAGCAGCAGCAGCAGCAGCAGCAGCCUAGCUACACUCCUGAACACUCCCCGAGAGCUUACGUGCCCAUCCGCCGGAAGUCUGGACCGCCUCCCCCACCUCCGCCCCGCAGUAAUCUGCCGCCAAAACGACACUCAUUGCAUAAAGUGCUGCCAACCAAAGAGGAGCUGCAGGUCCAGGCGGCCAUACAAGAGCUAAAGGCCUAUCAAGAGCAGCAGUCCUACCAGGAAAGAGAAUCCUACGAGGAGCAACAAGCGUAUAAAGAAAGGCAAGCGUAUGAAGAGCUGAAGGCCUUGGAAGAACAGCAGGCCUAUCAGGAGCAAAUGUUCAAGGAGAGACAAGCCUAUGAGGAGCAGAAGGCGUUCGAGGAGCUCAAAGCGUUCGAGGAGCAGAUGUUUCAGGAACAACAAGCCUUCCAGGAGCACCGACUGAUGCAACAGAUCUACCAGAGUCACCAUUCAAUGCCUGCCCAGCCCACCCAGCAGAAAGCCCCCUCACCACUGCCACUCCAGCAACUACACCAGUCUUUACCUCCGAUCCCUGCGCCCGAAACCACCAACCACCAUUCUCGCCAUCCUCUUAAUAUGCUGCGGCAAGCUCAGCAGCAGCAGCAGCAGGCCCACCCGGGGCACCACCACAGACGCCUGUCCCGUUCGGCCCCGCCUCCGCAUCACCCGCCUCCUCUACCCACGGUCAACCAGAGUCAGCACUUUUCCGAGGGCGUUUACCAAAGCCACCAAAGCCUGAGGGCCCAGCCCCACCAUUCCUCGGCCGAGAUGCUCCACCAGUUGCAACGGGCGCAGGUCCACCAGCAGUCGGUGGAGAUGUUGCAGCAGAUGCAACAGCCCAGCAGUCACUACUCUUCUGCGGAAAUCUUCCAGCAAGUACACCAGCCCGAGAUCCACCACGCCUCGACGGAACUCCUCCAUCAAGCUCACCAGAUGAUGCAGAGGCAGCCUCACCACUCCUCGACGGAACUUCUCCAUCAAGCCCACCAGAUGCCGAGGGGGCAGCCCCACCAUUCGUCCGCCGAGCUGCUCCACCAGAUACGCAAGCCCCAGCCCCACCACUCCUCCGCAGAACUGCUCCACCAGUCCCAUCAGAGGCACCAAGCGAAGCCCCAUCAUCACUCCUCCGCGGAGCUGCUGCAUCAAGUCCAGGAAGAGCCUUCCUCCCGACCGGUUCAGCUGAACCGGGAGAGCCACUCGCACCAGAGCCGCAGGAGUCUGAAAAGUCACCGCCAGACUCAAGCGUCACCCCAAGGCCAGACGGUCCACCAAAUGCAUCACCCCCAGCCCGUCAAGCCAUCUCCCCAGAGGCCCCAUUCAAUUCAGCAGACUCACCACCACCCCAGCAGCCCCGGCACCCCUCACAUCCACCACAUCCGCCACAUGACCCCGCAACCUCCACCGCAGGACUACCAACACCAGAUUCACCUGAUCCAUCCGCCGCAGCAACCCCACAGAUCCCAGCCCCUCCUGUCCACGUUCCAGCCGCUGCAGCCGCACCAGCCCGCGCUCUCCACGUUCCAGCCCCUGCCCCAGCACGGCCGUCCUCACUCCCAGCCGUCCCACCACCUGAUGCAGUCCCAGCAAAUACCGACACAGAGCCCGAGUCAGCCCCAGUCGCUCCCCCACUCUCUAUCUGACCCCGCACCCACAGAGCACCUGGAGCCUCCGCCGCUACCGCCACCUCUGCCUCCACCCUGCUCCCCUCCCCCCUUACCCAGGCCCACCCUCUCCAGGAUGGACUCCCAUCACAUGAGUGUCAAGAGGCUGCGCUGGGAGCAGGUGGAGAACUCUGAAGGCACCAUCUGGGGCCAGGUGAAUGGUGGGCUUUUAGCACAUGCGUUGGGCGCAAAUUCCGACCACGAGAAACUGCACGACAUGGUGAAGUAUUUGGAUCUGGAGAUGCACUUUGGGACACAGAAGAGCUCUUUGCUUGCUCCAGAGCCUUUACCACAAAUGGAAACAUUGAAGAAAAAAGAUGUGAUUGAAAUUCUGUCCCACAAGAAGGCCUACAAUGCAUCCAUCCUGAUAGCGCACCUAAAGUUGUCCACCGGAGAGCUGCGUCAGGUGCUGAUGAGCAUGAGCUCCGACAGGCUGGAGCCGUCGCACAUUAAGCAGCUGCUGCUGUACGCCCCCGAUGCAGAGGAGGUCAAAAAGUAUCAAGAGUUCAGAGAGGACCCCGGCAAACUCAGCGAGCCGGACCACUUUGUGCUGCAGAUGCUGUCAGUGCCUGAGUACAAAACCCGGCUGGAGAGCCUCCUGUUCAAGUGCUCUCUGCACGAGAAGACGGAAGAGCUGAGGGGAGCCUACGAGUGCAUUGGCAAAGCCUCCGCACAGCUCAAGAGCAGCAAGAAGCUCGCCAAGAUUUUAGAGUUUGUGUUGGCGAUGGGCAACUACUUGAAUAACAGCCAGCCUAAAACCAGCAAGACAACCGGCUUCAAGAUUAACUUCUUGACCGAGUUGAGCACAACAAAGACGGUGGACGGGAAGUCGACAUUCCUGCACAUUCUGGUCAAGUCCUUGUGCCAUCACUUUCCCGAUGUGUUGAAUUUUUCCAAGGAUCUCACCAUGGUUCCUCUCGCAGCCAAAGUCAACCAGAGGACUAUCGCAGCCGACGUGAACGACCUACACGGAACCAUCCACGACAUCCGCUCCGCCUGUCAGAAAAUGCCCGCCACAGCCGAGGACCGCUUCGCCGCCGUCAUGAGCACCUUUCUGGAGAACAGCCAUCCGGCCGUGCAGUCCCUGGAGUCCCUCCAGCAGAGCUCCAUGGAGGAGUUUUCCAGAACGGCCUCCUACUUCGGAGAGGACGGCAAAAGCACCAACGCGGAGGUCUUCUUCGGCAUCUUCGCUCAAUUCAUCAACAAGUUUGAGAGGGUUCUCAACGAUCAGCAGGCGGCCGAAAACCCAAAGAGCCCGAGAAGUCCUCGGAUGGCCUCCCCGCUGGCCCGGUAGCUCCUUCGCAGAAGACGCGCAUGCAGGCGCACGCGCACGCACACACACACACACACACGCACGCAUUGUAUCAACGAGGGGUGGGCAAAGUAUGGCCUAUGGGCAACAUACGGCCCGCUCCGAUCUACAAUCUUCCCCACCAAGAAUUUACAUUAUCAAAAGUCAUCUAAUAAUUGUUGCAUUAUUUUAGCCCAAAAAUUAAUUCAGCAAAAUGUCUUUCUUUUUUUGUUAAUUAUUCAUUUAUCUCAUUAAAUGCACAAUUGAUUAAUUAUAUGUAAAAAUAUUAGUACAAUCAAAAACAUAUGUAUAUGUUUUAUUGAAUAUUUGGUUGAUGAUAUAAACAAACAAUUAGUGACGAGGCCCAUCAGUUUCUUUGCAGUGUACUUCAGGUGGUGCACUUGCCUUAUCCAACACCAGAUUUGCAACAAAUCAAAGACAAUAGUGCUCAUUUUGUUGAUUGACACCCAUAAUUCAACAAUGUUUAUUAUUAUAGUAUUUGUCGAUUGCCGUAAGAUGGUGAAGGUGAAUCUAAUGAAAUGUUUUGUGAAUGUGUCGAAAAUAUUGGACUGUACUGUUACGGAUACGUAACUUGUUGCACUUUUAUGAGCCGACGCAAAGCUUGUAGGAACAUGAAAGAUGGAUGAUGUAUUCAUACUGACAGUGUCCAAUAUUGUUUGUAAAGAGGUGCCAGCUGGCUUCACCUUUUAAGUUUUCUUUUCAAAGGUCGCUAAACGCCUACCCUUGUGCGGGUGUGUUGUAAUACCGCCAUAAAAUCACAGUUAAGUGUAGCAUAAUGCAGAACUUGCAGACGACAAAUGGAAAUGAAUAUGCAGAUGUGUUCCCAAAAGUGCGGCUUUCUCAUUAGCUGAUCGUGUGUAUUUCUGUAGCAGCCCACCACACUGAAUGUAAUAUAAGUUCUUAGAUAAGUGUAGCUCCUAUUCGGGAUUGUUGUUUUCAAAAAAAAAAAAAAAAAACAAAGUUAUGACAGGUGCCACUUGGCUCUGAUAUUUUCUCCCAAAUGUUGUGGGUUAGACAUAGCUGACAGUGGGGCAGUGUGCAAUAUGCUAAUGUUUGCCUUGCGGGCCACACAACUAGAAGGAAAAAAAAAAAAAAAAAAAAAAAUACGAGGAUGCAUAUUUAUUUUUUCUCGCUCCUAUGAGAACUGUAACGCAGAUGCGUUGACUUUUAAUGUUGCUGCUGCAGCAAUGUACGUAAAUAGCUAAUUAUACGGCAAACCAACUCCUCUGAUACAAGCCGGUGCUUCGUAGAACAAAUAGUACGGCAAAUACUUAUUCAUCGUGUAUGGCAGACUAUAUUUAUUUACCUCGUGUGCAUCAGGCCAGGGUGGCAUAUCAAAAAUGUAGCAUGGUUUCAAACAAAUAAAGGUCAAGCUUUGAUUUGCUGUCAAGAAUAACAGUUAAUGUAGGCACAAUACUGUACAGGAUUUUCUUCCUGUGUGCAACUCACACUGCAGUUUGCUGGGACGAAGGCCAAUCGUCACCAUUCAAUUCUGACAAAAGAGCUAGGAAUAUUAAGAGGAAAAAGUCUCAAUGUUACAGGAAUGAAUUGAUAUUGAUUCUUUUGACAGUGAAAGUUGGUGUAAUAUUACGAGAGAAACAAUCCAAUUUUGAGCGAUUACAUUGCUAUUUUGGUUGCUAUUGUGACAAUAAGUUAAAAGUAACUUAGGCAAUUAUGCUCUUAGGCUAAGGAAAUUAGAAUUUCCCCAAAACCUGAAGUUUUUGAGUAAUAUUACCUAGUUUAUGUAAAGUUUGACAUUUAAUAUCAGAGGUGGGGUUUUUUUUGUUGUAAAAUUAACAACUGUAAUCUCAAUAAUUAAAUAAACCCAAAAAAAACUUCCUUCUCGUGAAGCCUGAAGUUAUUCUCGAGAUAUUGAGUUCAAUCCAAAAAAAAAACGUUUUCCUCUGAACAGGAAAAGUUGUUUCUUGUGACACAAUCAUUCGUUUUCUUUUCUAAAAUGAUGGCAUUAUGCCCAUGAAAUCCAAAUCAUUUGUUGUGGUAAAACUUAAUUUGAAAUGUUGUUCCCGAUAUAUUCCUACUUUAUCCCCCCCCCAAUGAAAUGACUGGCAUUGAUUUUCUUUCCCCCGUGUCCCCGAUGCACCUUCGUCGACAUCUCAGUCUUUGGCAUGUAUUUUUUUGAACUGAUGAGUUAUCUCACCAUGAUAAUAAAUCAUCCCCGUAUUGCUCUUUUCCUUUUGCACCUA